AUGACAGGACUUGGUUCUUCAUGUGGAGCGUGCAAGUUCUUGAGAAGAAGGUGCACGAGCGAAUGCAUCUUUGCGCCUUACUUCUCUUACGACCAUGCAGCAAGUCACUUUUCUGCUGUUCACAAGGUUUUUGGUGCAAGCAACGUCUCCAAACUAUUGCUACACCUCCCUGUACAGAAUCGAAGUGAUGCUGCCAUAACAUUAUCCUAUGAAGCACUGGCAAGAAUGCAGGACCCCAUUUAUGGUUGUGUUGCAUAUAUUCUUGCACUGCAGAAAUUGGUGGCCAACCUCGAGGAGGAGAUAGAAAUAAUCGGAAAUCAAAUGGCUAAUAUUGGAGUUGAUGCCCCUCAGUAUGUAAUGUCUCAAGAAACUAACAUCCCAAAUGACAUUUUACAAUUUUCCUCUGGGCAUACUGUCGUAGACGAUCAUAUUAACCAACAAAGUCUACAACUUCAACAAGCUGGAAAUCUAUCAGCAAAUCAAGCUUGCUCUAGCCAAAUGAACAUGCAGUUUCCGCAGGGAAAUUUAUUUGAGGAUGAGAUUUUCCAAGCAUACUCCAAUUCCAGUGUCUUCGACAGAUUCUCUGAAGAUUUCAACCAAGAUAUUUAUCUGCAAUCUCAAUGGAUGUGCAGCACCUUAAAUUCAAGAUGA